UUCUUUUUUUUAACAUUAUUUUCUAACCAGCAUUCACCAUUCCCCCCCGCCCCUCGCCAGAUGAUGUCUGACAAUGUCCAUUUCUGGCACCCUCAGCAAUUACUACGUCGACUCCCUGAUAAGUCACGAGAGCGCGGAUUCCCCUUCCCCUAAAUUCGCGGGCGGACCUUACGCGGCCGCGCGCCCCGCGCCGGCCCAGGCGGAGCCGCACUUGGAGUUCCCCUCGUGCAGUUUCCAGCCCAAAAACUCCGCGUUCGCCGCGCCCUGGCCCGCGGGCCCCGCGGCUUUCCAGCCCUACGCGGCCGCGGGCGGCUCCGCGCGGGGCUGGCCCGAGCCGGGACCCGCCGUAACCAAACCCGAACCCGCGCCCAAACUCCGCGGGUUCGGCCCCGGCGGCUCCGCGCCCCCUCAGAGCGGCCCCGAGGAUCGUAAAGGCGCGGACAAAGAGCGCGGAGAUCAAACGCAGCCCGCGGCCGGCUGGCUGCAGGCGCGCUCCUCGCGCAAGAAGCGCUGCCCGUACAGCAAAUUCCAGACGCUGGAGCUGGAGAAGGAAUUCCUGUUCAACAUGUACCUGAGCCGCGAGCGGCGGCACGAGGUGGCGCGGCUGCUCAACCUCAGCGAGCGCCAGGUCAAGAUCUGGUUCCAGAACCGCCGCAUGAAGAUGAAGAAAAUGAACAAGGAGCAGGGCAAGGAGUGACCCAAAAUAUCCGAAUUUUCCUGCAAACCGCCCCGAAAGCAGCGCCGGAGCUUCUCCUCCACGCCAGCCCCGCUGUUCCGGAUGAAAUCUGGGUUAUUUUAAAUUUUUAAUAAUUUUUCUUCUGAUGAACCCAGCCCAAAGCACAGCUCGUCUUUGGGGUAAGGAAUGACAGAAGGGCAGCGCCCCCAAAUCUCCGAUUUUUCCCCCAAAAGCAGCGCCGGAUCCUCCUCUCAGUCUCAGCCCCGCUGUUCCGGCUGAAAUCUGGGAUAUUUCCAUUUUUAAAUAAUUUUUCUUCUUCUAGUGUAACUCAGCCCAAAGUGCAGCUUCUCGGUGGGGCAACGAAUGACAGAAGGGCCCAAAUCUCAGAUUUUUUCUGCAAAAGUAGCACUGGAUCCUCUCCCCAGUCUCAGCCCCGCUGUUCCGGCUGAAAUUUGGGUUAUUUCCAUUUAAAAAUCUCUUUUCUUCUUCUGGUGUAACUCAGCCCAAAGCUCAGCUCGUCUUUGGGGUAAGGAAUGACAGAAGGGCAAAGCCCCAAAUCUCCGAUUUUUUCUCCAAAAGCAGUGCCGGAUCAUGCCCCGAGUGCCUGCUCUGCUGUUCCGGCUGAAAUUUGGGAUAUUUCCAUUUUUAAAUCAUUUUUCUUCUGGUGAACCCAGCCCAAAGCGCAGUUUCUUGGUGGGGUAAGGAAUGACAGAAGGGCAGAGCCCCCAAAUCUCCGAUUUUUUCUCCAAAAGCAGCGCUGGAUCCUCUCCCCAGUCUCAGCCCCGCUGUUCCGGCUGAAAUUUGGGUUAUUCCCAUUAAAAAAUCUCUUCUUCUUGUGGUGUAA